GAGUGGCGGUUAGUUUCUCAUUAAUUAUUAUCAGAUGGCUCGCAUUUCCGCCAUUAUGUUGGCUGAUUAGUUGAGUGUACAAAGUUUUGCAGUGCUGUCAAUUCUUAGCAUGUUCUGUAUCAGUUGACUUUAUCAUUAGAAGUUCUUCUCAGCCUGAACAUGAAUUCGGGGGCGUAGGGCGUAGCCAGCCAGAACCUUUACGUGGAAGGCGAAAUGAGUCAGAUGGUUUCCCCUGCAGGCUGAUUCAGUUGACACCGGCCCGCCGCCGGAGAGGACUGACCGGCUCGAGACAGAGCAACAGGAGCCGGCAGAGCGAGCCGAGGCCACCGAGCGACUACAGCCGGCAGAGCGAGCCGAGGGCGCCGAGCGACUACAGCCGGCAGAGCGAGCCGAGGGCGCCGAGCGACUACAGCACCAGCAGGAGGGAAUGGUCGUGGAGCCUCACCAAGGAUACGGCAGCUUCCCGAGCCCCUCUUCCAAUGUGAACGGCAGACAGGGCGACAUGGACGAGAGCGAGGCGUUCCUGUCGAGCCGGCCGCUGCUACACGACCAUGAGCACAGUGGCGACCACUGGCGGCCCGGCUCGGCGGACGUGGAGCACGGCGCGGCCGACCAGACGGCCAGUGGCGGGUACGGCUACCAGACGACGGCGGGCGGCGGCGGCGGCGGCGGCGCGGCAGACGGCACCACCCGCGUCAACAUCGGCACACCGGCGCCGCCGCGCUUCCCCAAAGAGCGGCUCAAAACGCUGCUGGCGCUGCUGUGGAUGGUGUUCAAUUUUGUGCUGACGCUGACCUCACUGGCCAUCACUCAUGAGCGGGUGCCGGACACGGCGCCGCUGCCGGACGCGGUGCUGGACACUGUGCCGACCGGAGCGUGGGCGCUCAAAGUGUCGGAGAUCACCAUCAUGGUGCUGGUGAACUCUGCGUUCCUAGUGGUGCUGCUGCACCGGCACCGGUUCAUCGUGUUCAGGAGGAUAUUCCUCCUCAUGGGUCUGCUCUACAUGAUGCGCUCAGUGCUGUACUUUGUGACGGCGCUGCCUAAGCCGGACCCCGACUACAAGUGUGAUCCCAAGGCGGGCUACCUGUCUGCGGCGCUGGUCGCCAGUCGGGUGCUGAAACUGCUCGGCGGCUUCGGUCUGAGCAUAAACGGCCAGCACGUGUUUUGCGGUGACUACAUCUACUCUGGCCACACGGUGACUCUGACGAUGGCGUACCUGGUACUGCGCGAGUACUCACCGCGCCACUGGUGGCCGCUCCACUGGGCCGCCCUGCUGGCCGCCGCUAACGGCGUGGUCAUGGUGCUGGUGGCGCGCGGACACUACACCGUGGACGUGCUGAUUGCCUACUACGUGACCACCCGCCUCUUCUGGAUCUACCACACGCUGGCCAACAACGCCGCGCUCAAGGAGGGCGGCACCCACAACUACCUCAGCCGCCUCUGGUGGUUCCCGGCGUUCCGCUACUUCGAGCGCAACGUGCGCGCGCCGGUGCCGCGUCACUACGAGUGGCCGCUGCCGUGGCCGCGCUGUCUGAUCAGGAAGCGGACCGAUCGCUCCUCCUAGCGGCUGGUAUGUGCUCGCCUCUCGUGGGUCGGGCCGCCGACGGCUGUCUGAAACUGCUCAGACGGCCGUCUGAAGACGCCCGGACCGCCCCAACGGGCGGCCGCGGUGCUGCGCCUGUGUCGCUGCAGUCUGUCACAGUACCUACUCUGCGCUCUGUCCCCUCUCUCCCAGUGUACUUCCAUAACCCAGUGUUAUCCAUUCACUUGUCGGUCGGCGGGUCGAGACGGGGAAACACUAUACAAACCAUACCGGACCAGGACACUAUUUUGGUCCGCUCUGUUCUACUGGGUCUGUGCCGCCGCUCUCCAAACGCCUGCUGUGCCUGUGUCCGCAUGAUGUUGUCUGUUGGGCUGUACGUCAACACAUACCCUCUGACCUGUAUGUAAGGGACAUUGGGACUGUUUUUAAACGAACACGUUAUGAUCUGUGAGCGAGAGACGCCGCACUGUUCAGGAACACGAAUCUGCAUGCGAGGGACAUCGGGACUGUUUGUAAACGAUGCCCUCUGUCCUAUUUACGAAAUACGCUGAAGCUGUUUAUGAACGAUGCAUGCGUGGGACGUUAUAAACACAAACACGUAUUCUCUGCCGUAUAAUGUGCAAGGGUCGUCGGGGCUGUUUGUAAACGCGUAUUUUGUGCUCUGUGGUCGAGUGACGCCAGAGCUGUUUAUGAACGCUUACCCGCUGAUCUAUGUGCUAGCCGAUGCAGUUGAUUAACCUGUACCCUCUGUUGUGUGCGGGGGACGCUGAGGCGUUCACAAACAUAUACCCUCCGCCCUGUGUGCCGGGGGCGCCGGAACUGUUUAUAAACGUGUACCUCCUGCUAUGUGUCUGAAGGACGCCAGAGCUGCUCGUUAGCAUGUACCGUAUGCCCUGUGUUGAGGGACACCGGGCUGUUCAUGAGCUCUGUUUGCGAGGGACGACGAAACCGUUCAUAAACAUAUUACCCCUGUCCUGCGUGCAUUUGACGCUGGGGCUGUUGCCUGUUCACAAACGCGUGUCUUCUGAUCUGUGUGCGGGGCGCCGGGUCGUUUAUAAACGCGUGCCUGCUGCUGUGUGCGGGGCACGUCGGGGCCGUUUAUGAACGCUCGUUUAUGAACGCUUGUCUUCUGCUGUGUGUGCGGGGACUCCGGGCCGUUUCUGAACGCAUGUCCCAUGCGCUGUGUGCGGGGACGCCUGACCGUUUGUAAACGCGUGCCUGCUGCUCUGUGUGCGGGGUACGCCGGGGUUGUUUAUGGCUGUAUGGACGGCGGAUAGGGCCGGGCGGUGACCCGACGGGCUGAAACCGACCCGCUCAGUGCCUGGAAUGUAUCCCGGGCGCCACGUGCUCUGCAGGGCGUCCUGUGCAGUGCGUGGUGUCCCGAGCAGCAGCCCGGUCAGUGUUGGACGGCCAGCCCGCCCGUAUACCGCCGGUCAGCCGCCGUUGACGUUCUAUUUUGUAUAAUUUUGUACAGCGAUAAAACGCCUGAAUCAAAUACACAUGUUAUAAUCAAAAA